AUGUUUCAGACGGAAAAUCAGAGCCAUCACGAUAAGAUCGCAGAGAAAGUCCUCGAAUGCAAACAGCUCGCCCGCGAUGUUAAGAGGAAACGUCCGAGUCGAGGUUGUCUCCCGGCUGAUCUCUAUCGAUCCUUUCCCGACCGGCGCGUGAUGGAUGAACUGAUUGCCAUCUACUUUGCUACCUUCGAAUGCUGCUACCGAAUUCUUCACGCCCCCUGGUUCCGAGAGGAUUACAAGAGCUAUAUACACCAUUCAGAAUCAGCGAGGGGCCCCUUUCUAUUACAGGUUGCUCUUCUCAUGGCCCUCGCGGGCACAUUGCAUGCAGAUGUGAAUAUCCGCAGCCAGAUGAUGAGUAAAGGCUCCACAUGGAUCCAUAUUGCUCAAACAUGGCUUUCUGCACCGUUGGAAAAAGAUCGCUUGACAUUGGAAGGCAUUCAAAUCCAUUGCUUAUUGCUUCUUGCCCGUCAGGUAACUCGAAUAGGCGCCGAUUUAGUUUGGAUCUCGGCAGGCUCGCUUGUAAGAAUAGCCAUGCAGAUGGGUUUACAUCAAGAUCCAGACUGUCUCGAGGAGAUGAACAUAGAACAGAAGGAGAUUCGACGGAGGCUGUGGUCCACCAUUCUAGAAAUCAAUGUGCAGUCGGCACUGGACGCGGGCAUGGUACCGAUGAUUACGCAUACAGACUACAAUACACAGCCGCCAUCUAUUGCGAUCAACGCAGAGCCACAAGACAAUACACAAAUGGGCACUUCAGCUGGGAUCUCCUUUCAGGCUCUGUUGGCGGAAUCAUUACCUCUAAGAUUGCGUGCGACCAGAGUCAUAAAUAGUUUACAGGACGAACCCUCAUACGACGAGGUUGUAGCCCUUGGAGACGAACUAGCCUUGGUAUGUGGCAAGGCUGCCGUUGCUAUUGAGCAGGCUGCCUCCGACACCGACGCACAUUCUGUAGGGUUUGCUUCCAGCUUCUGCAAUCAUCUCCUUCGUCGUUUUCUUCUCUGCCUUCAUUAUCCAUAUGCGGUUAAGGCCAAGAAGAAUCCGAUGUACUGCUACUCCCAAAAGGUUUGUCUUUCAGCCGCUCAGGACCUAGUAUUACUUCUUGAAGACGAUACCUAUCACCGCCUUCUCCUUACCGGUGGUGGCAUGUUUCGUGACCUCAUCACGUGGGGGGCAUUGCUUAUUUUUCUCGAACUAUGCCCGGAACCCGAUGCAGACAUGUCGAUGUUCGCCAGGAAGAGUCACCGCGCUCGCAAUCAACCAUUACUACAAGAUGCUCGUCGUGUGGUGCAGUAUGCAAGAGACAGAAUGUGGAACGGGGAAACGAAUGUUAAAGUCUACGUAUGCCUUAGCAUGAUGAUGGCCCAGGUCGAGGCUCGGCUUGACGGCUUGCCUGUAAAAGAGGCUAUUUCGAAGGCUCUGCACGGGAGUCUGGGUGUAUGCCAUAAUCUUCUAAAGGCUAUGGCUGCUGAUUCUUCUAUCAACACAACGGAUCCGGUUCUGGAUUCAUGGGCGUCGAGUGGCCUAAUGAUGCCUUUAUUCGCUGAUUUGGAUACCGACUUUGACUUUUUAGGUGACGGAAUCCUUGACAUGAGCUUCCUAGACAAUUGCUUUGACCCGCAGUAA